AUGAUCGUUCUUACAGUAUCCGGAGCCGCGUUGAUACUACUAAACGGGAAGUCUGUCCUCCUAUACGAAGAUUACACGUAUUCGAAACAAGGAAUCUCAAAGCCAAACUACUACUGCUCGAGACGGUUGAGUUCAAAAUGUCGAGCUAAAGUCACCAUUGACAAGCUUGGGCUUGUAAAAUCUGCAAUCACGGAUCAUAAUCAUCCACCGCCCAAACUGGUUCAAAUGGGUGAUGGGUUCGGAUAUCAAAGAAUAAUAAUAAAUGGAAAACCAGUUCUCCUGUACCGGGACUACACAUAUUCCAAACGCGAUCGAUCCAGUCGAACCGAGUACUGCUCCAAGAGAAUAAAAUUGAAAUGUGGAGCUAAAGUGACUCUGAACAAAUACGGCAUCAUAACUUAUACGUACACGGAACAUAAUCAUCCACCACCUAAGAUAGUACGGACACCUGACGGCUACAAAAUUAUUUCCCUUAACGGGAGGACAGUUCUUCUCUAUGAAAAUUAUACAUAUUCAAAGCACGGCGUAUCGUUCCGCAACCAAUAUUGUUCACAGAAAGCCGCCAAGAACUGCCGGGCGAAGCUCACGCUAAACGAAGAUCGUAGUAUAAAACUGACUAGUGCAGAACAUAAUCAUCCACCGCCGAAGAUAUUCCAAACUACUAAUGGGCUAUACUUCAAGGUUACUACGUAA